AUGGCGGAUCUUCUAUCACCUCUAGGGACUCCACUAGUCGAUGCGAAGUCUAAAUCCGAUGAGAAAGUCGAUUACUCGAAUCUCCCUUGCCCUAUUCCCUAUGAGGAAAUCCACCGCGAAGCUUUCAUGUCUUUAAAGGCAGAGAAUUUUGAGGGUUUACGCUUCGACUUUACCAAGGGGUUGAAUCAAAAGUUUUCUCUCAGUCACAGUGUGAUGAUGGGGCCAACGGAAGUUCCUUCUCAGUCAGCUGAAACGAUCAAGAUUCCAACAGCCCAUUAUGAGUUUGGUGCCAAUUAUUUUGACCCACAGUUGAUGCUUGUUGGAAGGGUUAUGACUGAUGGUAAACUAAAUGCUCGAGUGAAAGCGGAUUUAACUGAGAGGUUGAUCUUGAAGGCAAAUGCUCAACUGACAAACGAGCAGCACUAUUCGCACGCAAUGUUCAACUUUGAUUACAUGGGUUCGGACUACAGAGCCCAGCUUCAACUUGGGAACAGUGCCCUAAUCGGAGCAACCUAUAUCCAGAGUGUGACACCUCGGCUAUCUUUGGGUGGUGAAGUUUUCUGGGCUGGUGUGCCUCGAAAGUCGGGUAUAGGCUAUGCAGCAAGAUACGAGACUGAUAAGAUGGUUUCCUCUGCACAAGUUGCAAGCACGGGUGUUAUAGUUAUGAACUACGUUCAGAAGAUUUCAGACAAGGUUUCACUGGCCACGGAUUUCAUGUAUAACUAUUUUUCAAGAGAUGUUACAGCUAGUGUUGGGUACGACUACAUGCUCAGACAGUCUCGUGUGCGAGGGAAGAUUGAUUCUAACGGUGUUGCAUCCGCUCUUCUCGAAGAAAGAUUGAGUAUGGGACUCAAUUUUCUUCUAUCUGCAGAGCUGGAUCAUAAGAAGAAGGACUACAAGUUUGGGUUUGGAUUAACAAUUCUUCGGUCCACCGAGAGCAAUAAAACCCUAUCACUAUCAACGGUGGCUUCAUUCUUCUCCAACUCUCUCCUUCCUUGGCUGAUUCGUUUUCUGAGAAGCUCGAGUGCUGAUUCUUCUGUGGAGAGUGUCGUCGAAGGAGAUCUUAUGAUGGAUUCUGCUAUUGAAAUUAGUUCAAGCAGUAGUGAAUGUAGUGAAGACGAAUCACCGGAGCCCAUUGAGGAAGAAGUUAGAACCAGGAGGAAUCCCUCAUGGCUUGGUGGCAACAGUAGCUUUUAUCAAAGUCUUGCAUCUGCAGCGAACAAUCAAGCUAAAGCUGGACAAACAAACCAAGCUUCUCGCAAUGUGCCCUCGACUUCUACGUCUCGUCCAGGAGACUCCAAGCAAUCUACAACAGUCGGGAACACUGUUAACUCUGGUGUAGAUGAUGAGAAGCAGUCGUCUUCGUCUCAACAAGCUCCGAGAAGGACCCUUCCACCAUCUUUUAGUUUGCCUCCUGUUCCUUCCCCAAGUGCUACGACUUCUACUUCUCGUCCAGGAGACUCCAAGCAAUCUACAGUGGAUGGGAACAUUGUUAACUCGAGGGCUGCCAAUGUCUCUGGUGUGGAUUAUGAGAAGCAGUCGUCUUCGUCUCAACAAGCUCCAAGAAGAACCCUUCCACCAUCUUUUAGUUUGCCUCCCGUUCCAUCCACAAGUGCUACGACUUCUACUUCUCGGCCAAGAAACGGCAACAGUGUAACCUCGAGGAUUCCCAGUGUUUCUGGUGUAGAAUAUAAGAAGCACCGGUCUCAACAAGCUCCUAAAAGAACCCUUCCACCAUCUAUUAGUCUGCCUCCUGUUCCUUCCAGAAAUGCUAACAGUAUAAGUAGUGGCAGUGUGAGUCGCUUUGGUGGAGAUUAUACUAGUCCAGCUCUAGGCAACAAGAGUACCUUUGGUGAUCGUCACCGUGGAGCUCAUACUGAGAUUGGAAUUCACCGUGGGAUUAAUGGUGUUAGGAUCCUGCCUCCAUCUAUGACGCAUGGAACAUCUGCUACUCCUUUGCAUUAUGGUGGUUCAAGUGAUCCAAUGCACAGGACUUCCCUCGGUGAAGAUAGGAAUCCUGAGAACGAUGAGACGCUCAUCUAUCAGGCUGCACUACAGGAUCUGAAUCAACCCAAGACUGAAGCCGAUCUACGUCCUGGUACUCUGUCAGUUCCUCUUAUGAGGCAUCAGAAAAUUGCAUUGGCAUGGAUGUUUCAGAAGGAAACAAAAAGCUUGAACUGUUCGGGAGGGAUAUUAGCAGAUGAUCAGGGACUUGGUAAGACAGUCUCGACAAUUGCUCUUAUCUUAAAGCAAAAGUUUGAGUCACAGCUAAAUUCUGAGAAUUCAAGCCAGCAAGUAUCUGAAAUAUUGGACCUGGAUGCUGAUGAUGAGUCAGAGAAUGCUAAGCACGAAAGUAAUAGUCAAGUAAAGUCAGAGCUCAAGAUUUCAAGCAACAGUGAGACCAAGGUUAUGACUGCUGGUGGUAGUGAUGAGAAUGGCAGUUCAGAUAUGGAGAAAGUCAAAGACGAAGAAGUGAGUACUUCAACACGGGCAUUUAACAGGAAGAGACCAGCUGCUGGUACAUUAAUUGUUUGUCCAGCAAGUGUUGUAAGGCAGUGGGCAAGAGAACUGGAUGAGAAGGUGUCUGAUGAAUGCAAACUUUCUGUUUUAGUGUACCAUGGUGGUAAUAGGACCAAAGAUCCUGUUGAAUUAGCAAAAUAUGAUGUGGUUGUGACAACUUACGCCAUUGUUACCAAUGAAGUUCCCAAAAAGCCUUUGGUGGAUGAGGAAGAGAACGAUGAAAAGAAUACUGAAAAACGUGGUCUUGCCUCUGGCUUCCCCAACAAUAGGAAACGUAAAGCUGCAAUGGGUGCUAGUAAGAAGCGCAAGAAAAGAGGUAGAGAAAGCAUUGAUGAUGAUUCUUCUUUUGACCCUGAUUGUGGCACUCUAGCAAGAGUUGGUUGGCUCAGGAUAGUGUUAGAUGAAGCUCAGACGAUUAAAAAUCAUACAACACAAGUGGCAAGAGCAUGUUGCUUUCUCCGAGCCAAAAGGAGGUGGUGUUUGUCUGGAACACCAAUUCAAAACUCAAUUAAGGAUUUAUACAGUUAUUUCCGUUUUCUUAAGUAUAAUCCAUAUGCCGUCUACAAGUCAUUUCACGACACAAUCAAGGUUCCAAUCUCCAGAAACUCUCUUCAAGGUUACAAGAAGCUUCAAGCUGUUCUAAGGGCUAUAAUGCUGCGCCGAACCAAAGGAACAUUGCUUGACGGGAAACCCAUAAUUAAUCUACCUCCAAAGAAACUUAACUUGAGCCAGGUCGACUUUUCAGUGGAGGAGCGAUCUUUUUACAUGAAGCUUCAAGCAGAUUCACGAUCACAAUUCAAGGCUUAUAAGGAUGCAGGAACUGUGAGCCAAAACUACGCAAAUAUUCUUCUGUUGCUUUUGCGACUACGCCAAGCUUGUGAUCACCCACAACUUAUUAAAGGACAUAAUGCAGAUCCUGUUGGAAAACUAUCACAAGAAGCAGUUAAAAAGCUCCCUAGGGAUGCUCGAAUCAACCUGCUCAAUCGCUUAGAGUCAUCAUCUGCCAUCUGCUGUGACUGUGAAGAUCCACCAGAAAAUCCUGUUGUUUCGUUGUGUGGCCAUGUAUUCUGCUAUCAGUGUGUUUUAGAACAUAUAAAUGGGUAUGAUAACAUGUGCCCUGGAUCGAGAUGCAGAGAACAGCUUGGGCGUGAUGUUGUAUUCUCUGUAUCUGCCCUUAGAAAUUGCAUCAGCAAUGAUUCUGGCUGUAGUUCUUCACAUGAUAAGGGUCUCGAUAAAUCAGUUUUUGAAAGAAGCGAGUUUAGAUCAUCAAAAAUCAAAGCUGUCCUAGAUAUCCUGCAGUCUCUUUCCAAACAAGGCAGCCCGAACUCAGCACAGCCAUAUGACGGUGACGAUGACGAUGUUACCAUUGUAGAGCCAAUGAAUCUUCACUCAUCUUCACCUAGCCAGGGGCCAGUAAAGACGAUAGUAUUCUCUCAGUGGACUAGUAUGCUUGACUUGGUUCAGCUACGUUUUAAUGAAAAUGGUAUAGAAUUCAGACGAUUAGAUGGUACAAUGAGCCUAGCAGCAAGAGACAGGGCUGUAAAAGAAUUCAGCAAUGAUCCAUAUGUAAAGGUGAUGCUGAUGUCUCUAAAAGCUGGAAACCUUGGGUUGAAUAUGGUAGCUGCAUGUCAUGUAAUUCUUUUGGAUCUUUGGUGGAAUCCAACAACCGAAGAUCAAGCUAUCGAUCGUGCACAUCGUAUUGGACAAACUCGGCCAGUUACUGUAACUCGCAUUACUAUUAAAGAUACCAUUGAGGAUAAGAUUUUGCGUCUUCAGGACGAGAAAAGAAAAAUGGCUGCAUCUGCGUUCGGUGAAGAGCAUGGUGGAAGCUCUGCAACUCGGCUGACAGUUGACGAUCUCAAUUAUCUAUUUAAUGUGUAG